AGGACGCCAUGUGCUUCCGACACACACACACACACACAUACACUCUCUCUCUCUCUCUCUCUCUCUCUCUCUCUCUCUCUCACUCACUCACUGAGAGAGAGCUGAGCUGAGCUGCAGCACCGGAGAGCUGGUCACACGCGUAUACUGAAGCGGUUUGUUCUAGACACCGGUUGUCAUGUACUGCACGAGAUUUUGCGUCCGGAACGCGCUGCGGAUAGCGGCGAACACACACCGACACAAUCUACUGAAGCCGGCAGUGCGAGCACUCAAGACCAGUCCUGUCAGUCCCGAUGCCAUCGCCACACCACCUCUUGAUGGAGCACCAAAGCAAUACUCACCCAAAAUCCAGCAGCUCGUCAAUGACAUCGCCAGUCUCACUCUCAUAGAAGUGUCAGACCUCAAUGAAUUACUUAAGAAAACUCUAAACAUUCAAGAUGUGGGAAUGAUGUCCAUGGGGGCAAUGACUGCAGCAAUAGCUUCCCCUGCUGCUCAGGCUGCAGAGGAGGAGGCGGUACCUGCAAAAAAAGAGAAAACACAUUUUACAGUCAAACUGACAGAACUGAAGGCGGCAGAUAAAGUGAAAUUGAUAAAAGAAGUGAAGAAUUGCAUUCAGGGCCUGAAUCUUGUACAGGCAAAGAAGCUUGUGGAGUCCCUGCCUCAAGAGAUCCGGGCUAAUGUUUCUAAAGAGGAGGCAGAAAAACUGAAAGCAGCACUUGAAGCAGCAGGGGGCACUGUAGUGCUGGAGUGAAUAUCUGCACUGGCCCUUUACUUGUUCAGUUGUUCCCUGUCAGUCCAACAAAGAUCAGAGGAAUUUAAAGAAAACAAAUAAUGCCUUUAAAAUUACACUUGGUUCGUUGGCUGGGUGGUUGGACUCACAGACUGAACUCUUUAGCAGGCUCUGUGCCUGCAAACACACACCACCCAGUCAUCGACUCGUCCAUUUGUCUGUCAUAUACUUUAACCAUUUAGCUACAUAUGUGCUGUUCUGGGCCGAGCAGACAGCGCUGGUCUGUCUCCCUGAAGUUGUCUCUCAGGAAACUGGGGUUGCCCUGACAAAGUGACGUGAUUGCCAUUGCUUGUGGUUAAAUAAAUGGGUUAUACUGUA